ACUAAACCAAUGUAAGUACAUUAUGAUAGACUUGCCUUUUCUUUUCUUUUUUCUUAAUUAAUCUCACUUGAAGCUCCGCCAUCGCCUCUGCAAGUCCUGCCCCCAAUCCCAAUCCAAGCCGCGGCGGCCGGAGUGGAGAUGCUGCAGUUCCCGGCGUUGAUGCGGCAGUGGCCGUCGCCGCCGCUGAUCCCGGCGUCCACGCUGCUGCCCGUGCCGGCCACAUCCCAGGAGGACGAGCUCCUCCUCACCAUGGCGGAGUCCGACCUCGAGGACAAGCUGAACGAGAUCCGCAAGACCAACAGCAACCUGGUGAUCAUCGGCAAGCCCACCGGCGACGUCAAGGAGGAGUACGACGCCGAGCCGGAGGACGACGACGCCGACAACGUCGAGGAGUCCGACGGCGACGACUUCGACCAAGAGACCGGCUGACCCGGGCGGGUCCUCCGAGCGCCGCCAGCAUCGCCGUUUUGGCUGCCCAGUCUGUAUUUCGCGAUCCCCGAUUCGCUCCUACUGUCACGGUGUGCUGUGUUAACCUACUUUGCUACCGAGUCUUAGGACUUAUGAAGAUUUGAGGAAGUCCCUUGUUACGGGGACCGUGUGUAUGAGAUUGGAGUAUGAAUGCAGAAAUUAGUUUCCUGACUC